AGAUAUUACGAUCCUGUUAAAAGAAUCGAUCGUGACGUAGUAGGGAUCAAGGAAUGAGCCAAUAGAAAUCGGUGUAUCAAAGAUCGCACCUUGGUAGAUGAGGUAGGGAGGUGAGAAGAGCAGGUAAACCGCGAAGUAGAGAAGAUAGAAGGAUUAAAAGUAGUCGUGAGAAAUUUUCAGUCGAGCAUGGUCGGGUCGUAGGUGUUCAUUCCUUUGAUAAAGGUUUCUUCGUUUGUGUAUGUGAGGGUGAGGUGUGUGUGGAUAGAAAAAACUAUUCUUAAUCAAAACUAGGCAAGGUUGAUCGUGUCUGAACUUCCAAUAUGCCAUACUAUAACAGCAGCCAUAGUCCAGCAGUUUAUAACAAAGAUGGAGGCUCGAGCGGACCAUCGAGUACUUCCGGUGGCCGUGGCAGUAGUACCGAACCACCUACCUACAUGAUGGAACAUUUAGCAACGUUUACAGUGACGAAAGAGAUAGGUAUUGUUUAUCCUGCUGAUGGCAUGAGACGUCUUUUGCAAUUAGAAAAAAGUAAUGGUAUAUGGAGCCAAAAGAUGCAGCUUCGUUUGGAAAGAAAUUGGGUUCUUAUCAUGGACAACGAAACUGGGGCCGUGAUGGAACGAUUUCCAGCUUCUUUGAUCCAAGAACCAACCGCAUUUACUUCGAGAGAUCCAAUGGAGAUGUACAAUAACAUUUUGGUAUUUUCGGUUGCUGACGAUAGCGGCUCUCAAAGAGCAGAAAUGCAUAUAUUUCAGUGUCAGAGUGUAUCUGCUCAAGACUUGGUAGAAGAUUUGAAAAUGCUUCAAAUGGGGAAACUUGUACCAGGUGGUUCACCUAGGGGUCCAAGAGGUCAGAUACCACCACCACCUGCGUUACCACCACCUGAACCACCAUUGAAUGGCGUUAAUGUACGCGAACAGGUGUCUGCGUUCAAUGCAGCCAAUGCCGAUGGCCAGAAUGAUAUAUCUCGCGAAGAAAACAACGACGAGGUGUCCUCAACGUCGUCAGAAAAAUAUGAACGAGACGUAACGAUAUUGAACCAUUGUUUCGACGACAUUGAAAAGUUUAUCGCACGUUUGCAAUAUGCCGCGGCAGCUUCGAAAGAAUUGGAACGUCGACGACGUAACAGAAAAUCGAAGAAAAGAAAUCUAGGAGAUGGAAUGUUAACUAUGAGAGCAAAGCCACCACCAGAGAUGGAGUUUAUCGAUAUCUUUCAAAAAUUUAAACAUUCUUUCAACUUGUUAGCUAAAUUAAAAGCACGCAUUCACGAUCCUAAUGCUCCAGAAUUGGUACACUUCCUUUUCACGCCGCUCGCUUUGACCGUAGAUGCAUCUCACGAUACGAAUUAUGAUACGAAUUUACCAAGUAAGGUUGUGUCACCCUUAUUGACCAGAGAAGCAGUCAAUUUGUUAAUCAAUUGCGUUACCAGCAAGGAAACUGAACUCUGGCAUUCCCUUGGCGAUACAUGGCUUAUUCCUCGCGAUCAAUGGAAAGGACACGUGCCACCUUAUCAUCCAAUCUUCACGGAUGGUUGGUCACCGGAAUAUCCCAUACCUGAAGAUCGAGAUCACGAUCACCUAGCUUCUCUUCUGAACGCUGAUAAACAAAAAAGGGAUGAACUUCCUGAACAACAGAAUGAUCCUUAUUAUAAUCAUCGAGAUGUAGACGAGUCACAUUACAGUAGCGAGUAUCUCGAAUACGAUACCAGAGAAGAACGAGCUGGUACCGAAUACUUUGAUAGAAAUUAUGGACCAACCUCGGAACUUUAUGCGAGAGAAGAUAGAAACAUCGAUCAAACCAGAGCUCACAGUGACAUAUCGGUAGAUUCGAUUGAAAGGGCACCCAGAGGUGCUGCUAUUGAAAGAGCUCAAGAAGUUUGGUUGGACGAGCUUGUAGCUAGAAAUGCUAAAAUCGUUCACGUUACUUAUCCCAGAACAGCUAACAAUGAUAAAGAACUGACGGUUGUCAGGGGCGAAUAUCUGGAAAUACUUGAUGACAGUAGGAAAUGGUGGAAAGCGAGAAAUUCUAGGGGUCAAGUAGCUCACGUUCCACAUACUAUUGUUACGCCUCACAAUGCAUCACAACCUGCCGACAACGAUGUAUUUAAUAAUCCGUUAUAUACAAGUCGAUAUCCUAGACAAGGACACGGUUAUAGUUACGAAGAUUCUGAAAUUGAAAGAACCAGUACUAGUCCUGGACCAGAAGCAGCUCAUCGAACCCAUGCGAUCCCACCACCAGCACCCGCGGAUUGGGUUAGAAAAGAACGUCUCGGGAAAAAAGGUGAAUUUCGUUAUUUUUAAUAACGUCGUUAUUAUUGUCGUCGUUUUGAACAAAUUGUCCUCGAUACGCUUUGCUUUCGAUUACGUGGACAUUUAUGUGUCUUGCAUUAAGAUUUCUUUGUCUUUUUUUUCUCUUUCUCUACCUCUUUCUUUCUUUCUUUUUUUUUUUCAACGUUUCUUUAAACCAUAAGAAAAUUAUCUAAUUACAAAUGAUCGGUGUUAAGUUUAUUGCAACUCGCUAUUAUUUCUCUCUUUAUAAUGAGUUCUUUAAAAAUGGAAUAAUACAGUAAUGCAUCCGUCUCUCACAUAAUAUUUGAUAUAUUAUUUUAUUUAAUAUCACUGUAUAUAUAUAAUAUUAAUAUAAUAUUAAUAAUAAAAUGUGUAAGCGCGAGUAACGUCUAGACUGAACAAUUAAAAUCGUUAUCGCUACGAGCACAGGGUGAUUUGGCUUUUAAUAAUAGCCCUGGAUAAUGUGACAAGAUUUUCUUUUUUAUCUCACCGUUUAUAUCUCGUAGAUAACCGUCUAUUGGUUUUAUUUUUAUGUUUAUAUUAUUCAUUAAUUACUGAAAGAUAUUUGCCUAACUUAAAUUGGAUCAUUUUGCUUGCGUAUUUAUUUCAU